GAAAGAAUAUUUACGGAUCCGUAAUUUUCAUUUCCAACUAUAAUAUGGAACCGCCAAAGAGACAUCUUUAAGUAGCUUUUUUUUCUCUCUUGUAGCUUUAGGACCAGUGGGUUGUUGUUUUCAUCAUCUGUCUAAAGACUCUUCUUUCUCAUUUUUGCCUUUACUUUUUCGUCUCCGCUUUUUCUGUCCUUUGUUCAAAUGGAUACUUCUCCUCAGUGGCCACAGGGUAUUGGAAUAGUAAAAGGUGUUGAUGAAGCAAAGUUGGAUCAAAGGAAACCGAGGCCACAAAAGGAGCAAGCGGUAAAUUGCCCACGAUGCAAUUCAACAAACACGAAAUUCUGUUAUUAUAACAAUUAUAGUCUCACUCAACCCAGAUAUUUCUGCAAAACGUGUAGAAGGUACUGGACUGAAGGGGGCUCUUUAAGGAAUGUUCCAGUAGGAGGCGGUUCCAGAAAGAACAAAAGAUCUAACAGUAUUAGUAUCAGUUCAUCCUCGUCUUCAACUACGUCAUCACUAUCAUUAUCAUCAUCGUCCAAGAAAUUAUUUACAGAUCUGGCGAACCCUAACGAUCUCAAUUUAACCUAUAAUCCAAUACCCAGUAGUAGUACUACUACUGCGACCAAUUUCAGUAACUUUUCUGAUUUCAUGGCGUUACCUUUGAUCCAUCCAUCAGCUAAUUCAGCUUCUACAUUCAUGACGACUAGUAAUUUGUAUCCUUCAUCAACUACUGGGAUUUCGAAUUUACAUGAUUUGAAGAGUAGUAAUGGUAUCAAUUUUUCUUUGGAUGGAUUUGAAAAUGGGUAUGGAAGUUUACCUUCUCAUCAAGAGGCAAAAUUGUUUUUUCCUAUGGAUGAUUUGAAGAUUAAUGUUUCAACUGUUGGUGAUGAACAGUUUGAAGAAAAUAGAGGGCAAGCAGCAGAUCAAUCUAAUGGGUUUUGGAAUGGGAUGUUGGGUGGAGGAGGCACAUCCUGGUAAAAAAAAAAUGGAGAAAUAUAAAGGUGUUGUUAUUUUAAUUUUAAUUUUGUGCUUAAAAAAAAAAGAAGGUGAUUUUCACUAAGUGACAUAUUUAGUUGGUUUAAUUUCCAGUAUUAUCAGAAAUACUAGUAUUUACUACUACUAACAGAUAGGAUAUAUAAUAUAUGUAUGUGUUAUUUUUCCCCUUUUUAACUCUUCAUUUGUUUGUGCUUUGAAA